CAGUCUACCACGGUGUUACAUGCGAAAGUGAAACUAAAGAAAUCAGCACAUUUCUUUAAUUUCCUCAUUUAUAUUCACAAUAAAAUGCCAAAAUUUCCCGACAGGUGGUUUGACUACACAAAUGUUGGUGAUGUUGUGCAAGGAACAAGGCUGAUAACGUUCAAAGUGCCUUUGAAAGAGAGUUUCUUUGCCUAUAACAACAGAAUACCAGCAGAUUCCAGGUUUACACCAACUACACUGCUUGAAUGCAUGAGAGGACGAGGACUGAAACUGGGCCUCGUUAUAGAUCUCACAUAUACAGAUAGAUACUAUGACCCAGAAGAAUUUAAGAGAAAAGGUGUACAAUACAAAAAGAUAUUUGUUGAGGGUCAUGUGAUACCAACACAAGAAGUCAUGGAAUCAUUUUAUGAAGCAAUUGACAGGUUUCUAGAAACUUCUGAAGAAGAUAGUUUGAUUGGUGUUCACUGUACACAUGGGGUAAACCGAACUGGUUAUGUUGUAUGUAGGUAUAUGGUAGAGCAUCUCGGCAUGAAGGCAACAGAAGCAUUAGAAGCUUACAAAAAAGCAAGAGGUUAUUCAGUUGAGAGAAUUAAUUAUAUAAAUGAUCUGAAGGAUAGAGCUGGAGAACCAUACGAAAAGGAGAAAGAAACAUCAGAUACCCAUGAAGGAUCAUCAUCACGAGACAGGGGGCAUGCACACUCUAGUCAUCACCAUAGGGGUCGAGGAAGGGGUCAUUACCAUAAUAACAAUCGUGGUUACCAUCAAGGAGGAUGGAAUGAAAAUUACGGUCAUCAUAAUGGAAGACAGAAUGAACAUUUUGAUCGGCAUCAGAAUGGCGCUGAUUCUGGAAAUUGGAGAAAUCCUAACAAUCAGUUCCAUGCUUCUGGUGCAUAUGGUUGGGCUGGUAACCAAUUUGACCCAAAUGCUUGUUACGGCUAUAGGAAUGAAUAUGGAGGAAAUUAUGGACCGAAUCAGCCAUAUAGUGAUGGUGCCUGGAAUAAUUAUGGAAGUCCGCACCCGCCAUACAGAAAUAGUUACAAUCAGGGUUGGGGCAGAGGUGCGUAUCAAGGAUCGCCAAAUGGCUAUGGUCCUCAUAUACAGUCUAAUGGGUAUAGUGACUAUAAUUGUGGAAACAAUUCAUAUGAUAGGAGAAGUUAUAAUAGACAGAAUAGUGAUUCUAGAAGAGAAGGAAGAGGAAAUAGGGGAGGUUCAAGACAAAGACCUUUCUGAAGUGGAGAAAGAAGUUGAUAUUCCCUGUGAUACUUUUAUUAUUUUAGGUCUUUAACAAGUUCAAGUAAACCAUCAACCUUUUUAGCUCACCUGUCACAUAGUGACAAGGUGAGCUUUUGUGAUCACCCUUCGUCCGUCGUCUGUGCGUGCGUGCGUCAACAAUUUGUUGUCUGCACGAUAGUGGUUUCAUUUAUGAUUUCAUUUUAACCAAACUUGCACACAACUUGUAUCACCAUAAGAUCACGGUUCCUUUCUUGAACUGGCCAGAUCCCAUUACGGGUUCCAGAGUUAUGGCCCCUGAAAGGGCCAAAAUUAGCAAUUUUGACCUUGUCUGCACAAUAGCAGCUUUGUUUAUGAUUUGAUUUUUACCAAACUGGCACACAACUUGUAUCACCAUAAGAUCUUGGAUCCUUUCUUGAACUGGCCAGAUUCCAUUAUGGGUUCCAGAGUUAUGGCCCCUGAAAGGGCCAGAAUUAGCUAUUUUGACCUUGUCUGCACAAUAGCAGCUUCAUUUAUGAUUUGAAUUUAAUCAAACUUGCAAAAAACUUGUGUCACUAUAAGAUCUCGGUUCCUUUCUUGGACCGGCCAGAUCUCAUAAUGGGUUCCAGAGUUAUGGCCCCUGAAAGGGCCAAAAUUAGCUAUUUUGAACUUGUCUGCACAAUAGCAACUUCAUUUAUGAUUUGAUUUUAACCAAACUUGCACACAACUUGUAUCACCACAAGAUCUUGCUUCCUUUCUUGAACUGGCCAGAUUCCAUUAUGGGUUCCAGAGAUAUGGCCCCUUGAAGGUCCAAAAUUGGCUAUUUUGGCUUUUGCAGCCAUAUAGAGACUUCAUUUAUGGUUUUGUUUGAUACAAACUUCCAAAAUAUCUUCAACAACAAUAAAUCUUGGAUUCCAUGACAAAUCAGAUCCAAUCGUAGGUUCCAGAGUUAUUUUAUAUUUGAUUACCUCCCCUAAUUGUAAUCAAAAUGGAUUUAUAUCUGUAAGUACUUACAGGGCUUAUUGGAAAUUUCAUUAUUGUUAUUAGUUGGACUAAUACAAGUUGGACUAAUACAAUCAGGGUAGAUAACUAUGGACUGAUUUUAUGUCAAAUUACCUCCCUUUAUUUCAAAUUGAAAUGGGUAUAUCUCUGUAACUAAUGAAGAUACUGAUCUGAAAUUUCAUUUAUGUCAACAGAUUUAUUUGGCAGAUCCUUCUUUUGUUCACUUACAAUAUUUUUUUUUUUAAUUACUUCCCUUUUACAUUACUAUAAAUAGCUUAUUUUUAGUAACUUUUUUAUUAUUGUCCGUAGGGAAAAACAAAAGACCACUUUUCUGUGGUACAACAUGGAUGAUACCUCCAACUUUUAGGUGUAUUUUGACAUCUAUACCGUGUAAGAAUUUUUUUCUUUUUGGUUAAAUUUCUUCCCUUUGUUGUUCCUGUCCUUUGGACAUAAAUAUUUUUUCUGAGGGCCUUCUUGUCCUCAAGUGCAAUGAUAACAGGUGAGCGAUAUAGGGCCAUCAUGGCCCCCUUGUUUCAGGUUUGUGGAAGCUUAAUGUAUUAAAGAAGCUAGUGAUAAUGGAAGUUUAACUGGGGAUGGGUUGCAGGAAAAGCUCUUUUUUUAACAAUUUAUCAGUUUCUUCCCUCUUUAGAAAGACAAGACAUGAGUUUAUUUGUACCAUAAGAGAGCAGUAUAAGUGGGAACUGUAAGUUUGGAGUCACUAAUUUUUGUUUUCUUAGUUUCAUUUUUGCCAGAUUCAAAUUUGGCACCUUCCUGGAAAAAAACUUACUAAAAUUAACUCAAAAAAUAUUUCAGUGUUUAUUCCAUUGCCUUUGGUGUGCUGAAAUGACUUAUAUAUAAUUCUAACACAAUCUGAUUUGUUUUCCUAUUAAAUAAAGAAGGCUGAAAACUGUGUGUUAUUUUACAACAAUUCACUGUUCUGACAUCACAAUUAUUACGUCGUAUCGCCUAACAGCAAAGUGGCGUGUUGGAAAAGAAACGAACAAAAAAAUGGCAAAUAUUUGAUGGAUGUCAUCAAGGAUAUACUUAAAAAUACUUGGUAACAUGUUAGAAUCGAAAUAAUAUAUCUCAUUUAGUGAUUUGUACGUGAAUAAAAUCCUUGUUUGUCAUUCAGAUUUUUCUUUUGCAUCUGAACUCCAAACAAUGAUUUUAUUCAACGACAAAUCACUUGAUGAGUUAUAUUAUUUCUUAAAUAAUGAUAAAGUGAUUGCUUGUAUGCACAGUCUGUUUGUACCUUUGCCAUACAUGUAUUAUAUAAGCUUUAAUUUGCUUCAAUGUAUUUGACAAAAUGAAGUGGAAAAUUAUGUUUUUUGAAGUGGUAUUUUAUGUGUCAAAAUAAUAGGAAUGUAGCGAUGUUUCAAAAGAAUGUUUAAAGGUGCUUAAUCAGGUUUUGGUCAAGUAAUGGCUUUGUGCUGAUAUUUAAAUUUUGUGCUCACUGAGUGCUUAACACAAUGCAGAUUUUUACUUGUGGAUUUUUUAAAAUUUGUUUUUACUCUCCUGGAUCUCGAACCAAGAUAGAGCUACAUGUAUUUAGUAUAAGCAUACUUUUGUCAAUGGAGUGAUCUGAGUAUAAGAAAUAUUUUAUUGUAUAUGAUAGAGGUUUGUAUUGAUAAUUUGUAUUUACCUAUAAGUGAUUAGAAAUGCAAGUUUGUAAAAGUAUUAUUACUUUUCUUUGUCUAUCUUAGUUGUGCAACCAAGAUAAAUUUGGAAAUAAAUCAAUGUGGAAUUUACACACUGUUUUAAAACUUGCAGAUUUGUUUAGAGUGUCAGAAUAUCGAAGGGGAGGUAAUUACAGAUUUUCUUGAAAUGAUAAAACAUACAUUUGCAACAGUAAUUUAACUCUAUGUAAUGGGUCACUUUGUUCCUUAAAUAAAUCUGUACUAAUAACAGAACAUAAAACAAGAAAACAAAAAAUGCCAUAAAAUUUUGCUUAAAUGUACAUGACCACCUUUAAGUGAACAAACCAUUUAGCAAAGAUUUUUGGUCAAAAUUCUCCUUUAACAUUUAUAAGUUUCCAUGCCUAUAGAAGCUGCAACCAAAAUUUUGUGGUUGUCUGUUUAAAAGAUUUUUAUUUUGGCACAUCAGAUAUAGACUGUUGAUUGUGCCAUAAUAAAACUGUCAGUGCAGUACAGAGGCUUUAAGUACAUUCUUGGAAGAUAUGUAGAAAAAAAUUUAACACUCGUAGCAUUCAGGAAAUAUACUACUAAUUAUUUUAGAAUUCAAAGAUUUAUGGAAUAGCAUUGUUCGUUUAAUAGAACAUGUAGUACUUUUAAAAUGGUAAAAUAUUGCUUUCAUCUAUUCUGUAGCACAUAGAUGUUUGAUUUUAAUGUAGAAGUCACCAUCAUUUUAUAGCCCAUUUUCUGCAGCCAUCUUGCCUUGCAGUAUAUGUAUAUGUUUGUGUGUGUGUGUUUAUUUAUUUAUGGUUGCCAUUUGUUACUUGUGUUUGGGACCCCUCCAGAAGAAUGAAAGCGAUUUUAGUUGGGACUGGACAGUGCAAGAUACUGAUAUUUUGGUUCUUUAUCGUGUAUAGUUUAAAGCACUUAUGUACAGCACUCGUAUUUGAAAUAAUGUUAGUAAUUUAGUUGGAGGAGUGGGUGCUCAAACACAAGACCCCUAGUAUCAGUAUCUGGAGUUUCACCACUUACAACGACAGUAUAUAGCUCUGCUUUUCCAUUUUACCAGUAUUCUAAAUAUUUUUAGUUGCGAUUAAAGGCCCAUAGUGGUUUAUUCUUAUGAGGUAAAAAAACCCAAAAAGUUAUCAUUGAGAAGCAUCAUUUUCAUAAUAAACAGUAAAAGGAAA